GUAAAUCAGUAAAUUAACCUUCAUUCAACCCUGCUUAUUGGUCCUCUUCCGCUAGCUGAUGGGAAGGAGAGCUUCGCCGGAAACAACAAUGGGAGGAGGAGGUGUUCUAGCAUACGCCGCUGUUUUGACCGUGCUAACAUGCGCAAUUCACGCCGUUCAUGCAACACCUCACGAUCCUAUCAUAGUCCAAGUCACUGACCAUCCGAACAACCACCUCAUUGGAACUCCGACGGAACACCGGUUCACGGCGUUCAUACAAGAACACGGGAAGCAGUACUCUACUCGAGAGGAGUACCUGCACCGCCUCGGUGUAUUUUCGAAGAAUCUCCUUAGAGCUGCCGAACACCAAUUGCUGGAUCCAACGGCGGUUCAUGGCGUUACGCCGUUCUCAGAUCUAUCAGAGGAGGAGUUCGAAACUAUGUUUAUGGGCGUGAAAGGCGGUGGAAUUGAUCGGAAAAGCAACGACGUAGGAACAGCUGCACCGCCUAUGGAGGUCAAGGAUUUGCCUGAUGAUUUCGAUUGGAGAGAGAAAGGUGCCGUUACCGAGGUUAAGAUGCAGGGUUCGUGUGGGGCAUGUUGGGYAUUCAGUACGACGGGGGUUAUCGAAGGUGCAAAUUUCAUCGCAACUGGGAAGCUUCUUACCUUGAGCGAGCAACAGCUCGUYGAUUGUGAUCACAUGUGCGAUCCAUYGGAAGAGGAUGCCUGUGACAGUGGAUGCUCCGGCGGACUUAUGACAAAUGCCUACAAUUAUCUAAUCAAGGCAGGAGGCAUCGAAUCAGAAGAGUCGUAUCCGUAUACCGGGAAGUCUGGUAAAUGCAAGUUUGAUGCUGAAAAGAUAGCCGUAAAAGUCUCGAACUUCACGAGUAUCACUGGUGAUGAGGAUCAAAUGGCUGCCCAUUUGGUGAAACACGGCCCACUCGCCGUUGGAUUGAACGCGGUGUUCAUGCAAACUUACAUCGGGGGAGUGUCGUGCCCGUUGAUUUGUUCAAAGAGACGGGUAAACCACGGUGUGUUGCUUGUGGGAUAUGGUUCGAAAGGGUUUUCGAUACUAAGGUUGGGUAACAAGCCUUAUUGGAUCAUCAAGAACUCGUGGGGAAAACGGUGGGGGGAGAAUGGAUAUUAUCGGCUUUGCAGAGGGCAGGGCAUGUGUGGUAUGGAUACGAUGGUCUCGGAAGUUAUCACGGCAAAGUCGUAGAAACUUUUAGGUAAAUGUAUACUAUGCCUCUUUAUUUACGUCGGUAAAACACAGGAAGUUACUUUGAUAGUUACUACAUGCUUUUAAAAUGUUGUGUUGUGUUUGUUUUUAUGGGGUGUUGUGUUGGUAAAACUGGGGAGUUUUUGGAAA